AUGGGUCAAGAGUUGGGCUCUUAUCCAGACCUGUAUGCAUCAUUUGUCAAGAGAUUCCUUCCUGGACAAGGAUUGGUACUAUAUCCACAGAUAGGAGACAAACUGGAUAUUAUAUGCCCAAAGGUGGACUCUAAAACUGUUGGUCAGUAUGAGUAUUACAAGGUCUACAUGGUUGAUAAAGACCAAGCAGAUAGCUGUGCUAUUAAAAAGGACAAUACACCUCUGCUCAACUGUGCCAAGCCAGAUCAAGAUGUUAAGUUUACCAUCAAGUUUCAAGAGUUCAGCCCUAAUCUCUGGGGCUUGGAAUUUCAGAAGAACAAGGAUUAUUACGUCAUAUCAACAUCAAAUGGGUCUUUGGAGGGCCUGGAUAACCAGGAGGGAGGGGUGUGCCAGACAAAAACCAUGAAGAUCCUCAUGAAAGUUGGACAAGAUCCCAAUUCUGCUGGGUUACCUCGGAAUACGGAUCCAACGAAACGCCCAGAGCAGGAAGCUGGUACCAAUGGGAAAAGUUCCACGACGAGUCCAUUUGUGAAGGAUCAUUCAGGAUCUAGCGCAGAUGGCAGUAAGGCUGGGCAUUCCAGUAUACUGGGUUCAGAGGUGGCCUUAUUUGCAGGGAUUGCGUCAGGGUGCAUCAUUUUCAUCGUCAUCAUCAUCACUUUGGUGGUUCUUUUAUUGAAGUACCGGAGAAGACACAGGAAGCAUUCCCCGCAGCACACUACAACUCUCUCACUUAGUACGUUAGCCACCCCAAAACGCAGUGGCAACAACAAUGGUUCUGAGCCCAGUGACAUUAUCAUUCCUCUAAGGACUGCAGACAGUGUCUUUUGCCCCCACUAUGAAAAGGUCAGCGGCGACUAUGGACAUCCGGUGUAUAUAGUCCAAGAGAUGCCUCCUCAGAGCCCAGCAAACAUUUAUUACAAGGUCUGAGAAACACAACACCAACUCUGUGGUACAGUUGAGUCAUAGAGGAAACUUACUGGUCAAAUGCUUUCUGUUGGGGUUUGUGAUGAUGCCUUGUGCGCUAGUAUUGACUCAAGCACAGGGGAGAAAAGGCGACAGCUGUUUCUCCGAGAGCCAACUUGAGCUGGACAGCUUACCUAGUCUGUAGAAUUCCUAUCUUGGUGAAUAAGUAUUCACUAAAAGCUGGAAGACUUUAAUGUAGAAGAUACCCAUUCUGAUUGCUGUACUCUUGUUACAUUCAUCAUCCUCAAAGCCAUGUGCUGCAGGCAUUCAGGCAUGUACAAAAGCCAAGGGAAGAUGGAGUGAUCCAUGGAUGUUGAUAGCUCUAGGCAUCCUGGGAAGGUGCUCUAGGAUAUCAAGCUUGAAAUGCAAUCUUCUGACUUUUGUGUGUCUCUCUCGGUGCAUACUGGAUUUGUCACCCAGACCUUGGUGUCUAAGUAAGACUUUUAAAGUUCUCUUGCUUUUAGUCCGUCACUGUUCCAUUUAUUUCUGUUAUCUGGGGCUCUGCCAUCCUUCACGUAAGAUUUCCUUUCACUCCACCUCCUGAAUCACUAACGGAACAUUAAUGUCUGGAGAUACGUGCUCCAUCCAUCUGCUACAGCAGCCUCAGUCGAAUGGGUAAUACAUUUAUAGAAAUUGUGUUUGAUAGUAGGGAGCCUUCCAGCCAAAAAGUUAGGCUGUCAACAAAGUCAGGAGCAGGACUGGGUGGUGGAGGGAAGGGCUGACUGCAGCAGCAGUUAAUAUUGCUGCCUCGAAAGUAGAAGCUGGGGAGAAGGAACCAUUUAGGUAGCGCCGC